AUGCUCACGAGGUCGGCCAGCCUCCACGGCACUGGUUCUGAUUUUUACGUCUCGGCCAGGUCACUCAACAACUCAGGCCAGCGCUCUGGCUCUCUGACUGCAGCUGCUGCACCGUCUUCGGGCCGCUUCCAAGAGUCCACCUCGUCAUCGUCCCCGCAGCAUCGGAGCACUCCAGAAUCUCCCUCGCCCUCGUCGACGCUCGGCAAUCCAGCAGCCUCGAGGAAACGUGGCCAGUCGGUUCUGGACCUUGACGAGAGAAAUACGACCAGUGGCUCGAGCAGUCGACCUCACGUCGAACCGAUCCAGACCUGGAGCCCCAAAGGGGAACAUAUCUGUUUGUGCACGCCGGCUCCCAAGAUUCGGAGGCCGCGGAACGCCUUUAUCCUCUACCGAACCCACCAUCAAGCCAAAAUCCUGGCCGAGAACCCCUGCCUUCCCAACCCAGAAAUAUCCAAGAUCAUCGGCUUCCAGUGGCGCGACGAGCCCGAGUCGGUCAAGGAGACGUGGAAGAGGCUCGCGGAAGAGGACAAGCGCAAGCACGCUCGACUUUACCCAAAUUACAAGUUCCAGCCCCGUCGUGGCGGGAAGCCCGGAUCCGCGGCUCGUACAUCAUCGCUGAGCGAAGGCGCCGAUCCGAGUCACUGUGCUAACUGCGGGGGCAGGUCUAUCACUACGCCCAGCACGCCGUCGCUGCCCACGUCGGUGUCGACGCCCGUCGCAAUGUCUCACAAAAUGGCAGGCGGUCCGCACGGCAACCAGUCUACUUACCCACCUCUAGGCCGAGCAGGCCCUGAACACACUUACCAUGGUGCUCGGCUCUUCUUUGGAGACGAGCGGGAGGCUAUGUCCUCGCCGUCCAAGAGGCCUCGGCUGGGUAGCGAUGGUGGCUACUACCACCAUCCCAUGCCAUCCCCGCCGCCACCGCAGCAGCAGCAGCAACCGCAGAGUCCAUACACAUCCGGACCUGCUAGGACCCGUUACGAACAACAGAAUCGCCAUCCUUCUGCAGUCCUGCGUCAGACUCAAAGUUAUGGUAAUCCGGCGGAUAAAAAUGGAUACCCACCGCCGCCAGGACAACAAAGCCAACCGCAACAGUACCGAGGGGCCAUGGCCCCCCCUCCCCCUCCCCAACCGACGGCGCUUCGCCCGUCACUUGGGUUCGGUCCCGACCGUAGGCCGACAGCCUCACAGCCCAAAUUUGACGAGUCACUGCGCCUGCCACCUCUCCAGUCGCGCGCAGAGCCACAGAAGCACCAGCAGGCGCAACCCUCACUGCAGCAGAAACCGCAGGAGUUGCCCGUGUCGCAGCACCAUCACGCACGUCAACCAUCGACCUCAACAGCCCCGCCUGCGCUGGUGACGACGACCACGACGACCGCCAUCAGCCAGCGCGAGAUCGAGGCGCGCAGCGUUGAGGCAAUGGUCAUGAGCAUCCCCUACGUCAACAAGCUGCAGGUCCUGGAGCGCAUCAGCCCGCCGCUGGCACCGCCCGGCCCCAGCAGCCCUGCUGUGGAGACGCGCGGGCCCGUCAUGGCCAUUGAGGGCUCGCACCCGGACCUGAUGGAGGCCGUGGGCAGGGUGAUGCAGCGCGUGCUGGAGGAGUCUCGCGAGUGUGUCGUCAGGACCUGGUCGGACGGCAAACCCCCUGCCAUGGCGGCUGGUGAUCACGCCAUGGAGGAGCAGCCCCACGACGGCGACGCGAGCACUCCCGGAGGCGACCGGACCCCAAGGGCGGGAGAAAAGAGAGCUGCGUCGGCGGCCGUCGUUGUCGUCGAGGACAACGCAUCAGACGCGCUGGAGGCGGCAAACAGUGUGGCCGAGUCCGACGCGGAGAUGAGCGACGCGCCCAGCGUCUCACGCCGAAAGUCAUCGUCGGACGAGUCUACGGCACAGCAGCCGGGCGGCCUCAGCACGUUCCUGCCCUACCUGGGCAAGAUACAGGAGUGGCACCGCAGGUCGGACGAGAUGAUCAGGUUCGUCACGACCAAGCCUCUCGGCAGCGGUGGCGGCAGGGACAACAAGACACCGGUGGCGCUGAUUACGGACGGCUUCAGCCUGCACAUCUCGGACUGGUUCGCAUCGCGGGUGAGCAUCACGGACGCGUACGCGCCCGUCGACCACUGGCAGUGGAUGGCGACGCUGUGGCGCGGCAUCGUGGGCCCGGACCUGGUCGUCUACGUCCGCAAGUCCAAGGCCGAGGACAUCAGGGCGUUUGGCGCCGUCGAGGUCAAGAGCCCGCGGCUCAUCGUUGUGCGCGUCGACCCGCCGGCCGGCGAGAUGCAGCCGCGCCUGAGCGAGUCCAUGGAGCGCCGGGUUGGCUUUGAGAUUAUGGAGUGGGUGCGAGGCGGAAGCUUCCGUCAGGGGUUCUGA